GAUCACUUGUCAACACGGGGAACUACAAUGACCACGGUGCAUUUUGGAGCACUGCAUCGUGGGGGUUGUAGUUUUCCUCUUCUCCAGGCCGGCUGCUUGCUUGGGUGACUCGCUGCCGCGGCAAGAGGAGGCGUGGGGGGACGAUGUCUGCCGUUUGGGAGCUGCUGGCUCUGAGCGCCUCUCUGCUGCUGGUUGUCUUGGGGCAGGGGGGUAAAUACACCAGGGAGGCGAAUGAGGCUGCUACAGCCGGCAGCCCGAAGCGCCAGGAGGCCGGGGAGUUCAGGGUUGUGAAGCUGAACCAGAUUUGGGAGAAAGCGCAGCGGCUUCAUCUAUCGGCUGUAAAACUGGCAGAGCUACAUAGUGACCUCAAAAUACAAGAAAAGGAUGAGCUGAGCUGGAAAAAGCUGAAGGCUGAAGGGCUGGAUGAAGAUGGAGAAAAAGAAGCCAGACUUAGACGCAAUUUAAAUGUAAUUAUGACUAAAUAUGGAAUGAAUGGAAAGAAAGAUGCCCAAUUAGUAGAUACCAAUUACAUCAAAGAUGGCACAGAAAGUGAUGUGCUAGAUGAUCCAAGACUGGAGAAAUUAUGGAGUAAGGCCAAGACCUCUGGGAAGUUUUCCGAUCAGGAGCUGGAUAAACUGUGGCGGGAAUUUAAGCAUCACAAAGAAAAGAUUCACGAAUAUAAUAUCCUGCUAGAGACUGUGAGCAGAACAGAAGAAAUCCACAAAAAUAUGAUCAACCCAUCUGAAGAGGACCAGUUCAAAGAGGAAAUCUUCCAUGGCAAACACACAGAACUCAAAGACAAAAUGCGAAGCAUCAAUCAAGGGUUUGAUCGUUUACGUAAAGUCAGCCACCAGGGAUAUGACACAGCCAGUGAAUUUGAAGAACCCAGAGUGAUUGACUUAUGGGACAUGGCCAAAUCAGCCAACUUUACUGAGAAAGAACUCGAAUCAUUUCGGGAGGAGCUGAAACACUUUGAAGCAAAAAUUGAAAAACAUCAUCAUUACCAGAAACAGCUAGAGAUUUCCCAUCAGAAACUGAAGCAUGUGGAGGGAACGGGAGAUAAAGAUCAUCUGAGCAGAAACAAAGAGAAAUACAUCAUGCUAGAAGAAAAGACUAAAGAACUGGGAUACAAGGUAAAGAAGCAUCUACAAGACUUAUCCAGUAGAAUCUCAAGAGGUCUUCAACACAACGAACUCUGAAUGUAUUUUCCAUGUUGUGAGAUCAAUAUACCCAAUAGAUCACUUUUCCUGGGACUUAUCAAAUACCUAGAGAAGCAGAUAAUUAAAUAUUCAGCACCCAACAUGAUUGUCCUUUGUAAGGAAUAUAUUUUCAGUCCUUUUACAUUUUAGUCACUGAACUGAUACUGUGAUAGUCAAAUUAAAUGAAUCACUUAUAAAUAUACAUUUAAUUUGCACAUCUUUUAUCAUUUAAACAUUGUAUCUGCAUCACAUCAGCCUUUCAAAUAAUCAUUCCAAAAAUACAGUAGGUACUAUAUUUGAGAGCUCUGCUGUUUUUACUAUUGGGGAAACUACAUUUUGUUACCAAUAAAUCCAUCCUGAUCAAUUAAACCAAAAUUGAAAUCAGUGGGACUACUGACCGGUCUAACCCAAAGUACGUGUUUAAGGCAAUGAUGUUGCAAAGGCUUAAUAGAAAGUUAGAAUAAUCUAAAUGUACAGCCUAAUCUAGUGCCCAUUGAAGUAAACUGAAAGACUUUCACUGAAUUCAGUAGACAUUGAAUCAGAUCUUUACUGCAGAUAAUCUUAUAGUGGAUGAGUAAGAAGGGAAGAAGGGUUGGAGCCAAUUCUUCCCAGAUAGUAAUAGAUUAAUUAAUAUUUCAGAAGCUCCUGCAUUUUGUAUAACUGUUUUUCACAUUUGUUCAGAGUUUUUGGGACACUUAAAUCAUUAAAAACAAAAUGAGACAUCA